AGGGCUACUUUCAGCCUGGUCUCUACUCCAAGACUGUACCUGGAGUUCUCCCCAACUACAGUGAAAGGACUUUGCUUUAUUCCUACAGUCUGUGUGCUGCCUCACAUUCCUCAAACACCGAGUUUAAAUUUCUCAAUAUAAAGGCUGAAGAUGCUGCACCACAAGAUCUGCUAUGUGAUGAAGCGUCUUGGUUUGAAAGUAAUGACAAUCCAAAAAUGCCUUCUAAUUCAGGCAAUUUGCAAUAGGUGAGUUUCUUCAAACCUUUCCUUCCAUAAAUAUAAUUGGAUUUCAAUUCAUUGAUUUAGAGAUAAAAUGUUUACAGAUUAAAUAUUUCCUGAUUACAUUAUUUUAUUGAUUUUCUGGGUGUGGAGUAGGGUGCCUAGGAAAUUCUUUGUAGAAUUUCCUGUAGAAUAUCUCUAUGGCAGUUGUUCUUUCAUAGAAAGCCUCCUUUUGGUAGUCUUGAAAUUUUUGUUAAUCCUAAUACACUAUAAUCUGAAACAUUUUUAAUACAGUAUUGUCUCACACUGUCAUUUUCAGACAUAUCUAUCCAGAAUUAGACACAAAUCUGCACAAUUAAGUGGUUUACUUAGCUUUAAUGCAGUCAAUCCUAAAGUAUAUUAAACAUAAUGUAUAUCUUAAGGCAUUUUUAAUGUAACCUAUAUAUAAUAUUUUUACUUCCCUUUGCAUGUUUUUUAAAGUAUACACAGAUGUUGCCUGUGUCAGGGCAGUUUUUAAUUUCUAUGCUAAUCAAAAGAAAUAAUGGAUCUCAAAUGGCAACUCUUGUAUUGGGUUCUAUAGUGAAUUGGUUCAAAAUGUGUUUGUGUAGCAUAUGCCUGUAGUCCCAGCUACUCGGGAGGCUGAGGUGGGAGGAUCCCUUGACCCCAGAAGGUUGCGGCUGCAAUGAUCUAUAAUUGUGCCCCUGCAGUCUAGCCUGGGAGACAGAGAGAGAGUUUGUCUCAAAAAAAUGUGUCUGUGGUUGUUGGUACCCUUAUUGAAAGUGGGACUAGUGUAAAUGGUGGUGAAAUAUGAUAAUUCAAAAUUUACAGAAGAUUGUAAUAUUAUUUCUGUUCCCCAAGAUCCUAAGAGAUAUUUUCAUAAAAAUGAAUGGUAAACAUCAGAGAACAUUUAAAAUUAUUCAGAAUAAUCUCUUGCACUCUUCUAAAUGCUUCAUUGUCUUGGGAAGGGAGAUAUUAUGAGUGUCAUCUAUGCAGAUUUAGCAGAAAUAAAAGCCUCUGUAUGAUAGUUUCACAAAACGAUGCAGUAUUAAGUUAGGACUCUGAGCGUCGCUGUUCACUAACCCGGGCAAGAAAAUCAACGCAAACUUGAGUUAACAUCCUCCAACCACAAAGCAAAUCAGACAGGAAAGCAGGAAAGCUGUGCGGAAAUUCUGACCUGAAACGCUUCGCAUCCGGUCUCUGCUUGUUGAAGGAACUUCACUGCUAUUUCUGAGAAGAGCAAAAGUGAUGAAGACCUGUUUUUCCUCUUCUUAAUCCCAGAGAAGUCUCUAAUAAGCCAGUAAUGGCGCCUCUGCAGAGGCGUCCGCUGCGCAGCGAGCAGGUCCUGCUCCUCACGCUCCUGGGGACGCUGUGGGGGGCCGCGGCAGCGCAGAUCCGCUACUCUAUUCCCGAGGAGCUGGAGAAAGGCUCCUUCGUAGGCAACAUCGCCAAAGACCUGGAACUGGAGCCCCGGGAGCUGGCGGGGCAUGGAGUCCGCAUCGUCUUCAGAGGUAGGACGCAGCUUUUCUCUCUGAACCCGCGAAGCGGCAGCUUGGUCACCGCGGGUAGAAUAGACCGGGAGGAGCUCUGUGCUCAGAGCCCGCGGUGUCUGGUGAGUUUUAACAUCCUUGUCGAGGAUAAACUGAAUCUUUAUCCCGUGGAAGUGGAAAUAGUGGACAUUAAUGACAAUACACCCCAAUUCUUAAAAGAAGAAUUGGAAGUGAAAAUUCUCGAAAAUGCAGCUCCAUCCUCUCGUUUUCCACUAACGGAGGUCUAUGACCCUGAUGUGGGAAUAAACUCCCUUCAGGACUUUAAGCUCAGUGGUAAUAGUCACUUCUCAGUGGACGUGCAAAGCGAAGGCCAUGGGCCCAAGUACCCGGAGCUGGUGCUGGAGGGCACCCUGGACCGGGAAGGAGAAGCCGUUUACCACCUGGUCCUUACUGCCAUGGAUGGCGGUGACCCUGUCCGCUCAAGCGUUGCCCGAAUUCUGGUAACAGUUGUAGAUGUGAAUGACAACGCUCCAGUGUUUACUCAGCCUGUCUACCGUGUAAGUGUUCCUGAAAACCUGCCAGUAGGCACACCAGUGUUGGCAGUAAAUGCCACCGACCAGGAUGAAGGAGUCCACGGGGAAGUAACUUACUACUUUGUGAAGAUUACAGAAAAGAUCUCACAAAUUUUCUGUUUGAAUGUUUUGUCUGGAGAAAUUUCAACUUCUGCAAAUCUAGACUAUGAGGAAUCGAGAUUUUAUGAGCUGGGUGUUGAAGCCCGGGAUCAGCCAGGUCUUCGAGACAGAGCGAAAGUCUUAAUAACUAUCUUGGAUGUCAAUGAUAAUGUACCAGAAGUGGUUGUUACAUCUGGAAGCAGAACAAUUGCUGAAAGUGCACCUCCAGGAACAGUCAUCGCUCUUUUUCAAGUGUUCGAUCGAGACUCUGGCCUGAAUGGCCUGGUAACCUGUUCCAUCCCGAGAAGUCUCCCAUUUGAAUUGGAAAAGACAGUUAGCAAUUAUUAUCGAUUAGUGACAAAUGCAGUUCUAGACCGGGAAGAGGUAUCCUUAUACAACAUUACUGUGACAGCCACGGACAAAGGAACACCACCUCUGUCAACAGAAACAAUCAUCUCCCUAAAUGUGGCAGACACCAACGACAACCCGCCCACCUUCCCCCACUCAUCCUACUCAGUCUAUGUCCUUGAAAACAACCCCAGGGGCGCCUCCAUCUUCUCUGUGAAUGCACUGGACCCUGAUAUGGACCAGAACGCCCGAGUCUCCUACUCACUGGCAGAAGACACCCUCCAGGGGGCGCCCCUGUCCUCCUACGUCUCCAUCAACUCCGACACUGGGAUUCUGUACACCCUGCGCUCCUUCGACUAUGAGCAGUUGAGAGACCUACAGCUGUGGGUGACAGCCAGCGACAGCGGGGACCCGCCUCUUAGCAGCAACGUGUCACUGAGCCUGUUUGUGCUGGACCAGAAUGACAAUGCGCCCGAGAUCCUGUAUCCCGCCAUUCCCACAGACGGUUCCACCGGCGUGGAGCUGGCGCCCCGCUCCGCAGAGCCUGGCUACCUGGUGACCAAGGUGGUGGCGGUGGACAGAGACUCGGGCCAGAACGCCUGGCUGUCUUACCACCUGCUCAAGGCCAGCGAACCGGGACUGUUCGCGGUGGGACUGCACACGGGCGAGGUGCGCACGGCUCGGGCCCUGCUGGACAGAGACGCGCUCAAGCAAAGCCUCGUGGUGGCCGUCCAGGACCACGGCCAGCCCCCUCUCUCCGCCACUGUCACGCUCACCGUGGCUGUGGCCGACAGCAUCCCAGAAAUCCUGGCCGACCUGGGCAGCCUGGAGCCCUCCGACGGUUCUCACAACUCUGACCUCACGCUGUACCUGGUGGUGGCGGUGGCUGUGGUCUCCUGCGUCUUCUUGGCCUUCGUCAUCGUGCUGCUGGCGCUCAGGCUGCGGCGCUGGCACAAGUCACGCCGGCUGCAGGCUUUGGGAGGUGGCUUGGCGAGCAUGCCCGGCUCACACUUUGUGGGCGUGGACGGGGUUCGGGCUUUCCUGCAGACCUAUUCCCACGAGGUCUCACUCACUGCAGACUCGCGGAAGAGUCAUCUGAUCUUCCCCCAGCCCAACUAUGCGGACACGCUCAUCAGCCAGGAGAGCUGUGAGAAAAGCGAGUCUCUUCUCAUAACUCAGGAUUUACUUGAAACGAAAGGAGACCCCAGGCGACUUCAGAACUUAGAAAAUGUGAAUGCUAGAGAUGAUGAAGCCAUUUACUCCAUACACACUUCCCGAGACUGGCGCCUGAGCAAGAGAAGCAGGACUACUAUGGCGGCUCAGCCAAGGGGCGGAGACUACAGAGGAUUCCUCCUGCUCUCCAUCCUCCUGGGGACCCUGUGGGAAGGCUGGGCAGGACGUAUUCUCUACUCCGUGUCGGAGGAAACGGACAAAGGGUCCUUUGUGGGUGACAUCGCCAAGGACCUGGGGCUGGAGCCCCAGGAGCUGGCGGAGCGCGGAGUCCGCAUCGUCUCCAGAGGUAGGACGCAGCUUUUCGCCCUGAACCCGCGCAGCGGCAGCUUGGUCACUGCGGGCAGGAUAGACCGGGAAGAGAUCUGCGCUCAGAGCGCGCGGUGUCUGGUAAACUUUAACAUCCUGAUGGAAGAUAAAAUGAAUCUUUACUCUAUAGACGUGGAAAUAAUAGAUAUUAAUGACAACGUUCCAAGAUUCUUGACGGAAGAAAUAAAUGUAAAAAUAAUGGAGAAUACAGCUCCCGGGGUUCGGUUUCCGUUAAGCGAGGCUGGGGAUCCAGAUGUAGGCACGAACUCCCUCCACAGUUACCAGCUCAGCCCCAAUCGCCACUUCUCCCUGGCUGUGCAAAGUGGAGACGAUGGAACUAAGUACCCGGAGCUGGUGCUGGAGCGGGUGCUGGACCGGGAGGAAGAGCGGGUUCAUCACCUGGUCCUCACAGCCUCUGACGGCGGCGACCCGCCCCGAUCCAGCACCGCCCGCAUCCAGGUAACAGUGGUGGAUGUGAAUGACCACGCGCCUGUCUUCUUUCUGCCUCAGUACCAAGUAACUGUCCCCGAGAAUGUACCAGUGGGCACAAAACUGCUCACGGUACAUGCUAUCGACCUGGACGAGGGAGUCAAUGGGGAAGUGACAUACUCUUUUCGGAAAAUAACUCCUAAACUUCUACAGAUGUUUCAUCUGAACUCGCUUACAGGAGAAUUAUCAACUUUAGAAGGAUUAGAUUAUGAAGAAACUGGCUUCUAUGAAAUGGAAGUUCAGGCUCAAGAUGUUCCUGGUAGUCUGACAAAGGCAAAAGUACUGAUCACAGUUUUAGAUGUAAAUGAUAAUGCUCCAGAAGUGAUUAUGACGUCUUUAAGUAGCUCAAUCCCUGAGGACACACCUCUUGGAACAGUAAUUGCUCUUUUCUACCUACAAGACAGAGAUUCUGGGAAGAAUGGUGAGGUGACCUGCACCAUUCCAGAAAAUCUACCUUUUAAAUUAGAAAAAUCAAUAGAUAAUUAUUAUAGAUUGGUCACAACCAAAAACUUGGACCGGGAAACACUCUCUUUGUAUAACAUCACACUGAAAGCCACAGAUGGUGGAAUUCCUCCCUUGUCCAGGGAAACUCACAUCUCCAUGCAGGUGGCAGACACCAACGAUAACCCACCCACCUUCCCCCACUCAUCCUACUCAGUCUACAUCCCUGAGAACAACCCCAGAGGGGCCUCCAUUUUCUUAGUGACUGCACAGGACCACGACAGUGAGGAGAAUGCCCAGGUCACUUAUUCCUUGGCUGAAGACACCAUCCAGGGGGGACCAGUGUCCUCCUAUGUCUCUAUAAACUCUGACACUGGAGUCCUGUAUGCGCUGCAAUCCUUUGACUAUGAGCAGUUGAGAGAACUACAACUAACAGUGACCGCACGUGACAGCGGGGACCCACCUCUCAGUAGCAACAUGUCACUGAGCCUGUUUGUGCUGGACCAGAAUGACAACCCGCCUGAGAUCCUGUACCCGGCCCUCCCCACAGACGGUUCUACUGGCCUGGAGCUGGCACCCCGCUCUGCAGAGCCCGGCUACCUGGUGACCAAAAUAGUGGCAGUGGACAAAGAUUCAGGCCAGAACGCCUGGCUGUCAUACCUCCUGCUUAAGGCCAGCGAGCCAGGACUGUUUGUGGUGGGGCUGCACACGGGUGAGGUGCGGACGGCGCGAGCCCUGCUGGACAGAGACGCGCUCAAGCAGAGCCUCCUGGUGGCCGUCCAGGACCACGGCCAGCCUCCUCUGUCAGCCACCGUCACACUCACCGUGGCUGUGGCCGACAGCAUCCCCGAAGUCUUGGCCGACCUGGGCAGCCUUGAGCCCUCCAACGGUCCUUACAAUUCUGACCUCAUGCUGUACCUGGUGGUGGCAGUGUCCGCAGUCUCCUGCAUCUUCCUAGCCUUCGUUCUCGUACUGCUGGCGCUCAGGCUGUGGCGCUGGCUCAAGUCACGCCGGCUGCAGGCUUCAGAAGGUGGCCUGGCGAGUGUGCCCACCUCACACUAUGUGGGCGUGGACGGGGUUCGGGCUUUCCUGCAGACCUAUUCCCACGAGGUCUCCCUCACCUCGGACUCUCGGAAGAGUCACCUGAUCUUCCCCCAACCCAACUAUGCGGACACACUUAUCAGCCAGGAGAGCUGUGAGAAAAAUGAUUCUUUGCUAACAUCCGUAGAUUUUCAUGAAUGUAAAGACAAAGUGCCAACUAUUCAGGUGAGCCCAGCCCUUCCUUUAUUUCCGUGAGUAAUUUGUUUGCAUGAUAUUUCUCUAUUAUUUUGCAAAACAAGUGUUUUGAAAAUAGGGAUUUUAAAAACUUUGUAGAGGUAAAACUGAGUUUACCGGUUUCCUUCAGUUGUGACACUUUAAUAUAGAACACAUAGGAUAUAGCAUUUCUUUAGUGAAAACCUGUGG